AUGGUUGCGCAAAAGAACAACACGAUUGUCGAGGUUGACGAGGAAACUCCCCUGUUGUCGCCUCACCGUCAUGGUGAUAAAGAUGAGACACUGGCCUCUAGCAUCACGUUGGUGGUCUUUCCGAUACUCCUAGCGGGGAUCUUCUUGUCAAACGUCGUUUCUUCUGUUGUGAUCGCAACUAAUCAGCGCAUCGCGUCCGAGUUCAACGCCUUGUCUUCUGCGGCGUGGCUCUUGACCAUCUACACGCUGGCCCAGUCAGCGAGCCAACCCUUGUAUGGAAAGCUGAGUGAUAUUUAUGGGAGAAAAGUCUGCCUGGUAUUUUGCUGGAUUGUCUUUGGCAUUGGCUGCCUACUGGUUGCGGUUGGCCAGAGUUACUGGCAUCUACUUCUGGGCCGGGCCAUCAGUGGAAUAGGAAGCGCUGGAAAGAUUGCCCUGACUUCAAUCAUUGUUGCUGAUGUGAUUCCGCUGCCGAAGGUUGCACAAUAUCGAGGCUAUGUGAACUUGACGGCCACGAUAGCCCGGUCUCUUGGAGGCCCAAUCGGAGGAUGGCUUGCUGGCAGCAUUGGCUGGCGUUGGCCGUUCCUCAUCCAACUCCCGGUAGCGUUGGCUGGGCUUGCUCUUGUGCUCUGGAAGCUUCCGGAGCCGAAGGAAACCACUCUUGAAGAUGAUGCAGAACCACAGCCCGCCGAGUCCAAGAUAUCCAGAGUUGACUUUGCAGGAGCAGCCAUGCUCGUUGGCACUGUGCUCACUGGUCUUUUGUCGCUGGACUUUUGCACCAAGCACGGCCUAGGAGUCGCCGUAUACUGCCUGGUCGGUGCAUUUGUGCUGUCGCUAUCCCUUUUCUGCACCAUAGAAAAGUACUAUGCUAAAGAGCCAAUUCUGCCGCUGGAGCUCAUCUUCAAACGAGAGGUUUUGACAUCGUACUCGAUCGUGUGCUUCCAGGCGGCUGGCCAAUUUGGAUUGCUCUACACGAUUCCCAUUUAUUUCCAAGUCAUCGGGCGGGAGUCCAUUGCGUCUAGCAGCAGUCGGAUUGUCCCAGUGGUGGUCGGCAAUGCUUUCGGGACAAUCACUAGCCAACGACUAAUCACCAAGACACAACGUUAUAAAGGGCUGACAGCUUUUGGAAAUAUUGUCGGCCUAGUUGGCUUCUCCCUGAUCUAUCUCCGCUGGAGAGGGGGUACACGGUGGUUUGACGCAUUGCUUGUCGCCCUACCCGGCACCGGUAUGGGUGUCAUACAAUCCACGACUUUCGUACAUCUCGCAGCGUCUCUGGACCGUUCUGAGAUAGCCAUUGCCGGAGCUUCAUGGUUUCUUGCGCAAAACAUCGGAGUUCUGAUGGGUGCGAGCAUAUCCACAGCCACGAUCAACUACGCCCUCAGACAUGGACUUGAGACACUGCUGCGCGGGGUCGAAAGCCGAGACGAGAUCAUUCGAAACGUAACAUCAAAUGUCGAGUAUAGCCAAAACCUCCCAGAUCAUCUCUGGGUUUUGGUGUCGAAGGCGUAUAUCUGGGCGAUUGCCUAUUCAAACGCCACUUGGUAG